AUGCUUUAUUUUUGGUUUAGUUGAGAGUGGACAGUGGGACCAGCAAAUCCCUUUUACAUCACACCAAGCCAACAUGAGACCUGUUGCUUCACCUGCUAUGGCGGGACAUGGAUAUGCACCAUUACCUCAUCCAAAAAAACCUACAUAUGCAUGGUCACAGACAUGGCAACAAAGACCCCCAAUGAACCAUAACUCUGUGCCAACAGCUGGAUAUCAGGUUCAGGGUGGUUUUCCAAGCAGCAGCUCCACCUCAAUGGGCCAGCCCAGGUGGUCCGGUGGCUUCCAGAACCAGGUUACCAGGCCAGCGAUGCCUUACCGUCCCCAGCAGUGUAACCCUGCAGUAAUAAACACUGAGAGCCCACAGAGCAGAAGGUGGAACUUCAGAUCUUCUGGACAAUCAAGCAGUGGAAUGAUGGCAACAGCGAAGAAGGACACCUCACAUGGCCAAAACACCUCUCUGCAGCAGAAGCCCCAACACGAGACAUCACUGCGUGUCAUCACUGCUGUCAUCAAAGGGAUGAAGCACUGGAGCCAAUACAAAGACAAAGUACCAAUGCUGUUUGAGAUUUUUGCUAAACUCGACUCUGCCGUCACAAUAGGAGAUCACGGAGCAAAGAAAUUCCUCAUAAGGGAUGACAAAGAUACAGUACAGUGUCUCUACUUUGAAAAUGAUCAGCCACUUGCCACACUGACCCGGGGUCAGGCGUAUCGCUGCGUUGGAAACUACAACAGGCAGAAGGACACAAUGACCUGUGUGUCAGUGCGGGCUGCAUCACCAUCAGAGCAAAGGAGUUCACAGGAGGCUGUAGAAGCAUCAGAUGCAGAGAUGAGGAAAGUGGUACUGGCUCUCAAUGAAAUUUGAAAUAUUAAAUUAGCACAACGGUUACUAAAGUUAACAUUGAGUUGUCUUAGUUGAAUGUUAAGCAGUGUUAACUUUAUUAUUAUUAUUAACUGGAGUAAUUGAAUAUAAACUGUAUGCAGUUUAGAGAUAUAAUUAAUGUGCAUAUAAAAUAUUGUUAUGAUUUAAGUCCAGUUUAUUCAGUUCAUUUACUUGCAUUUACAUCAUUAAUUGUUGUAUUAAAAGAUUUAAUUCAGUUUAUUAAAACCUUUUAAUUCAAAAGACGAAA